CCCAUCUGUGGCGAGUAAACACCAUCCAUUGACUACACCACUGCGUACCUGGUUCCUCUGGUCUCAUUGUCCCAAGUUACCGGUACGUAUAUACUGGGCAGAUUUGUUUUAUGAUGUUUUGGUCUGUAAUUGGGAACUGUGAGUUGCAAUAGUUUGUCGAUAAUCUGAACGUAACUAAAAUCGUGGAUUUAUUUGAGUUGGUCAGCUAAACAGUUUCACACACAAUGGCAAGCAGAAAACUGGUAGUACGGGGGAUGCGCCUUGUACUUGCGCUAAUGGGGAUUCUCGUCUUUGUACUUCUAUUUCGGCACGUGAUCAAACCGGAUACCCCGGAGUUUGAAGAGGAGGAAACGCGCAAGGAUUUUGUUGCCGGGGCACUGUCACGUAGUCGUCCAAAGGAUGACAAGUUGAGUGAUAUGGUGAUGCCACAGUCCGACACAAUAGUUGUUCCGAAAGUAGUCCACUUUAUUUGGUUGGAAGAGAGAUCCUUUAAAUUCCAUCAUCUGCUGUCGAUCAAGUCGGCGUUUCGCCACAUUCGCCCCAAAGAAAUAUGGUUUCACACCAACGUGAGGGAUAUGGAAAAACACACAGAUGCAGAUUCAGUUCAGUAUUGGAAAGAAGCCAAGACCAUCCCCAAUUUCAAAAUUGUGCCUUGGGAUGGACCUAAAUAUCGCUCGGAACGAGACUACCAAAGUAAACACUAUUUGAAACUCGCUGUCAUGAUGGAAAUGCUUCGGGACCACGGUGGAAUAUAUUUGGAUCUUGACGUCAUUGUUUUGAAAUCAUUCGAAUUGUUGUGUCAUUUUGAGUUUGUGAUAGGAAGAGAAGACUACGGUCUUAGCACCGCAGUUGUCUUAGCUCGACCCAAAGCUCCGUUCUUGGAAAAAUGGUAUCAAUGGUCUCACGAGCCGGACUCCAACCGAUUUGAGCCAGAAGAUGCGCUUUUCGACGUUGCCAUGCAAUAUCCCGAACUUGUGCACGUCGAAGAGAACGGAUUUCGUCGCAGAGAUGCUUGGAAGGGUCCCGAAGAUUACGGAAAUCUGUUUCACGGGGAAAUUGACCUUAGCGAUAACUACGCGGUAAAGCUGCAUUACGGUAUGGUUGAGAAAGAAUACAACCCAGAAGAGAUCAAAUCACUACGCUCAUCGUUUGGGGCAAUGGCACGCUUGUCUUACUACGCCAGCCCGACUCUCGGUGUAACGGAUUGGCGGCCACCGCGCGGCGCUAAAAAAGUAGUACCGAAUAUAAUCCACUAUGUCUGGUUCACGCCUCACGAAUUUCGCUACCACCACUUCUUAGGAGUGAAGAGCGUCGUUCACAUCCAGAAAGCAGACCGGAUACUGUUUCAUACCGACGCCGAACCAGCUGGUCAGUUCUGGUGGGAGGAGAUCAAACGAAUCGCCGGUCCAAUACUUGAAGUGGUCCACUGUGAUCAGCCCAAUGAAGUUUUUGGUCAUGGCGUUGGAAACAUCCCACAUAAAUCGGACAUCUCCCGUAUGCAAAUUUUACUGCAGCAUGGUGGUAUAUAUCUUGAUUCGGACACUAUGAUAGUUAAAAACAUGGAGCCAUUGUUGUACUACCCUUACUCCAUGGGAAUGGAAAUCGUGGGACUCAACAACGGAAUUAUCCUCUCGGCUCCGAACUCGACGUUUUUGAACAUUUACUACAACUCUUACAAGUUCUUCGACGACGCUCAAUGGAACUGGAACUCCGUGAUGGAGCCGUAUCGUCUGGCAGCCGAACACCCCGAUCACAUCCAUAUUGAGACAUCUGGGAUAUCGCGCCCCCAUUGGACAGACUGGUGGGACAUGAGAAGAGCCUGGCGACAUGAGGGAAAACUCGAUUGGUCACACGCUUUCGCGUUUCACUGGAUUUACAGUUACCAUGGAAAUGAGCAUAAUCCAGAGGAAAUUAGAUGUUUCGAUGACACUUUUGGCGAAGUUGCGAGAUGGAUUUACUAUGGCUCGCCUGAAUUAAUGUGCGAUCCAUUGUUGACGUUUAAUUCAUAGCUAUGGGCGUAGCUAUACUGACAAAUUUACCAUGUAUUUGUAGAUAAUAAAUACCAAAUUUAGCGACCAAGCAAUUAUGGCUGGCACGAGUACCAACUAUUUAUAUCUCACCCCAAGAAAAUAUUGUUUCUGCUUUAUGUGGGUCUCAUAACAAUCUACUCAACGCAUGGAACGAUGACGAUGUAGAUAAAAAAACAUAUAUUUCGUAGGUUCUGAGAUAGGUUUUACAUUCCCUGGCCAGUCGGGACACGUAGUGUUAGUCAGGCCCGUAUUACUGGAGAGGUUUCAUGUUCACCAGUGAAACAGGAGUACCACUUGUUAUCUGAACUGGUGGCGCGACCAGUGCUACUGUUUUUCCCAUGGCAACGUCGGAAUGCUUAUCAGAUCUAUCAUGACAAAAACGUAACCUACGACGAUUUACAUACACAUGUACGUACAUGACGUGGUAGUCCGCACAGUGAUCGAACAUUUUAGUAUCAAUGAUUUAUAUUUAGUAUAACUUUAGGAAACUGAAAUAUUUAUUUUCAGUAAAAAUCUAAGAGAGUGUUACCAGCAAUAAUUAAGAUUAAUUAAUAUGUUUUAUCAAUUAAUUGAUCUCAUACUCUCAACGCUUUGAAAACAUUUCCUUCAUCUUCAUCAAUAUUUAUACAUUUCAAUUCAAACUAAAACGAGAAGUUUCAAAUGGCUGAUUGAAUAACGUUGAAAGAUUGUAAUUUAUAAAUAUUUAUAAAGAUGAAGGGAUGCUUUUAUUGCGUUGAGAGUAACUAUUCUUGAUGUUAAUUAUACGAAUGGGAUGAUGUAUUUGCUGUCCAUGUUAGAAAAUGAUUUUUUAAAGAUUAUGUCGAACUGAGAUUGUUACCCGAUAUUAAAAUUAAAUUUGUCAAUGCGCAUUGUGUUGUUUUUUGUCACUAUAUGCUAUUGUGUGAAAUGGAAACAACGAUCAUUAAAAUGUUUGAAACCCAAGUGGUGUAUAAAUGAUUAAACAAAAUA